AUAAGCUGUAUUUUAUUUCAAUUUAAGAUCUCGAUGUAAAAUUCCCCAAGUCGUUCCAUACGUUAGUCCAAGUUACUGCGAAUGACCUCGAAUCGACUCACCUCCACCUUCGUGUACACUCUUACAAAGCUACGGAUGCUAUAUUUGCUUCACUGUGUGCUAGGCUUGGUCUAUUCGAUCGUAUUUUAUCCAAUAAAGAAUGCUUGGGCUCAAACUCACGCGAAGCCUGCUAUCUGGUAGUAGAGCACCGAUCCGCUCCCAUUCUAUCGAUACUGGUUCUAGGAUACCUUCCCUUGCUAGCUCAUCAGCUUUCCAAUUUCCUACAAUUCUGCUAUGCUGGCACCUAUACCAGUCUUAUCACACCUCUAAACGCACAUAAUGAGUUCAAGACUAUGUAGUGUCGCCGCUCUGCUAUCUUAGUGAAUGGUCACUUUUCUGAAGGAGGUCGUACUCCGGAGCAGUAGAUCUGCUGCUACCUUAAUGGCUGCAACGUCGACUUGGAAGCCACUGAAAUAGUCAGGAAGUCUGAAACUGGAGUUGAUAGAGAUUUUCGGCUACAUCCCCUGGUUCGCCGAAGGUAUGCUAUUCAACUUUGGGGAAUAAAUUUUAGCUACAAGUGGUGGAAUUUUGAAAUGAGGUCUUCAACAGUUUACAACAUUUUUAGCUGACGUUUUGAUUAUCAAAUAUAGUAAUUUACACUUGAUUGUAGCACCAUUGAGAAAUAUAUAUAUAAAUAUAUAAGUUACCUGCGAAUAACUGCUUGAUUUUAUCGGCUAAGGCCUCCCGUGGUUGUAAAAGACAAAUACUUUUUUUAAGAUAAUACGAAAAAAGGAAGGAUAAGCAAUAAAAAAUGUAGGUUUAAAAUAAUUAAAAUCAAACUCAAUUAUUUAUCCCUCUCAAUAUGUAGACUACUUAAAAAUGUCUAAAGGCAAGGAGAAGCAUUGGUAGACUUUGGGGUCAACAAUACCCAACUACAGCAUAAACAAACAACAGAUGCCUUAAGCAAUGACUAAGACAUCUAAUAAAAUGUCUGGUAUUACUAACAACAACCACAAUAAUAAUAACAAUAACAACAAUAUAAACAAACUGAGUGAAAAGUUUUUAAGUGCAAGUAAAUCAAAAACGAUAGAAACGUCGUCACACACACUGCCAACUGGUGUCAACACCAACACAAUUAACAAUAAUAAUAAUAAUAACAACAACAACGCCAUCUCCCAUAAUAACCCGAAAUCGAAUAAUAACAACGAGUGUGACAAAAUAACACAACAGCAAUUUUCUGCUACGAUUUCGAGCAAAUUACAAGCACCACAAACCCGGCGCUCACUGCCAGCUCCCAGUGCUGUGCAAACAUUGGCGCAACGCACACUCCAACAGCAACACCAGCAACAGCAAAGCGUGACGACAAACUCAUCGGUAUUGCCAUCAGCCAACCCAAUUACAAAAUACUCAAACGGCGCCACAUUGCCUUCGCACCAGCUGCAAACCAUCGCCACUGUACACCAACAUCACCCACAGCAGCAACAGCAACAGCAACAGCACACAACCGAGCCCACGGCAGCUGCGUCAGCUGGUGGCAUUCCAACAGACUCACAACAACAACAACAAACACACCUACACUCAACAUCCUCGAGUAACGCAAAGGAUAAGCGUCCUCACAACCAUAACCAGCACCAUCAAAAGCAACACCACCCACAGCACCAGCCGCAACAUCCGCACAAUCACAGCCAGCAACAACAACAGCAAACAGCUUCGAAGCAUUUGAGUGGCGAGAGUGAAGGCACUUCGUCCACGAUAAACGGCGUCACCUUGCAGCAGCAACGAAACACGUACAAUCUGCAGGCGCUGAAAGCUGCCAAUCAUUUGAAGGCGCCAGCACAUUCCAUACCGCCASGCUACCAACCACCACCCCAACCGGCUGGCAAUCAGGCGGGCAUAUUGAAGCACAUAAAUACACUGCGCAGCGGCGGAGCGGAGAGUGCUGAGACCUUCGGCCAGCGCCAGUCGGCGACGGGUGGUAGCAAACAGCUUGCGUCCGCGAAUUUCGAUACUACGCAUUUCAAUCUUAAAUAUCCGCCGGACAUACCACAAUUGUCGCCUGUCUAUAUACCAGAUUCGCUGAAAUUAAACGGUGGCAGCGGUCGUUACUUGCCAACGCAUCAGACAGCGCUUGCACAGCGGCAAAGUACGCGACUCGCGGGUGGUACUACAAAUCCGCAAUACUUCUAUAAUUCACAACAACAGCAGCAGCAGUACCGGCAGCAACAAGUGGAGCAGCAGCAGCAGCARCAACAGCAUCAACAAGAUAUGCUUAAGUUUGUGCGUAAAAGUGAUCAGGAUCAUCCAUCGCCGAAUGCUUCGAUCACAUCGAGUGCCGCUGCUGUGUCGACAGGCACCACUCGUCUCACCGCCGAACAAAAUCGACAACUGCAGGGUCUCAUUAACGAGCUCCGCGUCUUAAAGGAACAGAAUCAACGUUUACUCGAUGACAAUCAGGAAUUGCGUGACUUGUGUUGCUUCCUCGAUGACGAUCGUCAAAAGGGUCGUAAACUCGCAAGAGAAUGGCAGCGCUUCGGUAGAUAUACCGCCAGUGUGAUGAGACAGGAGGUAGCAGCAUAUCAGCACAAGCUACGRCAGCUCGACGACAAACAACAAGAACUAAUUACCGAUAAUCUGGAACUGAAAGAGUUGUGYCUGUACUUGGACGAGGAGCGCACACAUAUUGCGGCAAAUGCGCUCUGUGCAAAUUGUGGCAGCUCGGUACGCAAUCCGUUACGGGAUGAUGGCGAUGGCAGCAGUUCAAGCACAAAUGCAGAAGAAACUUUAUCGGCGUUAAGGAACUAUGAACGCCAAAUGCCUGAGGCAACGCUACGAACAACACUAAGUGAUCAGACCGUCCAAUACGUGCGCUCGUUGGAACGACGCAUACGACAAUUGGAAGAGGAGCGUGUUGGCACAACAACGCCAACAUCCAAUAUCCUAGCUACACAGCAUACCCAAACGCAAGCACCAAGCGCACAAACACAGCAACAUCAACAACAACAGGCGCAGCAGCCACAACAACAAUCAGCACAAAAUCCACUAAUCGAUCCGAUAUCGAGUCGACCCGAAGCUGUGGUGCGUGCGCUACAAGUACUCGAGGUACGGGAGCAAUUGGAACGAGAUCGUCUCAGUGGACUCAUUGAGAACUCAAGAGACCAAAUGGAUGACGGCGAAAAGGCGUUGGUGCGCGAAAUGUGUAAUGUAGUGUGGCGUAAACUCGAAAGUAAUGUGCCGAACGUGUCGAGUAGUAUGUAACUAGUAAUGUUAA